GGAUUAAUACGUGUGGACUAGAGGGUGACAAGCAUCACUUUCACCUCACUUUUUUAUUUAAAUUCCAACGUUGGUCAUGAAAAAUAUGUGUUUCUCUGUUGUCCACGUUAUACAUAGUUAAAAACAUAUGAAAGAGUUAAAAGGACAUUGAUCCCAACCGAUUUAUUUAUUCAUGUACAACACAUUAUAAAACCCCAAUAAUAAAAAUACAUAAUCAAUGGAGGGUUAAUUUGACAUGUCAUCCAAUCUGUUUUGAUUCUAAAACUCGUUAAGCGCAUGCGCCGUCCUGCUCAGAAGACAACCAAUCCCGUGCGAGCAACAGCACAGUAACAUUUGCAUCUGGUGAACAUAAAUAGACCGCUCUGUGACAAAGAAGUAUCUCGACUCUGUCGCACCUCUCUCUCACAUCAUGCCUGCUGAAGCACCCCCCGUCAAAGCGGCCAAGAAGGGCUCCAAGAAAGCCGUCGCUAAGACCGCCACCAAGACUGGAAAGAAGAGGAGAAAGUCCAGGAAGGAGAGCUACGCCAUCUACGUCUACAAGGUGAUGAAGCAGGUCCACCCCGACACCGGCAUCUCCUCCAAGGCCAUGGGCAUCAUGAACUGCUUCGUGAGCGACAUCUUUGAGCGCAUCGCCGGUGAGGCCUCUCGUCUGGCUCACUACAACAAGCGCCGCACCAUCACCUCCAGGGAGAUCCAGACCGCUGUCCGCCUGCUGCUGCCCGGAGAGCUGGCUAAACACGCCGUGUCUGAGGGCACCAAGGCCGUGACCAAGUACACCAGCUCCAAGUAAACUCUGCUGCUGACAUACCAACAACACAAAGGCUCUUUUAAGAGCCACCCAACCCAUCCAAAGAGCUCAUCCUGUUAUACUCUAUAACUACUCUACCAGAAAUCUAAAUAACUUAAAUGUUAUUUAUACAUAAUGUUUUGUAAAGCAAGAUAAACCAUGAUUGAAUAUUCAUUCUUCACUAUACAUGUUUAUACCACCUCACUGGUGUUUGUUUUUCCAAAAUGAAAAUAAAUACAUUUCACAAUA